UUCUGUGGUGUAUAUACUAGAUAAAUUGAUUAUGUGAUAUUCCCCUUUGCUAAAUGUUCCGAAUCUGAAUAUCUAUGCUCAAUGGCAUUGUUGUUAUUCUUCAUAUCUAAAACUUGUUUUUUGUAAUAUCACAUAUAUUAAUUUCAUCCUCCCUUCUCUAUUCAGCUCCUGGAACUCACAACAUUAAUAGAGAUGGCUCUUCGUUUUGAGAUUCUGGGAAGGUUCAACCGUGCUCGAGCAGCUAAACUCACACUUCCGCAUUUUGUGUGCGAGACGCCUUUAUUUAUGCCUGUCGGUACACAAGGCACGAUAAAAGGUUUAACGACUAGCCAGCUCGAGGAAAUUGGAUGCCAUAUAAUUCUCGGAAACACGUAUCACUUGGCUCUACGGCCCACCUCUGAGCUCAUUCAUGAUAUGGGGGGCCUCCACAAAUUCAUGAAUUGGCCUAGGGCAUUGCUGACCGACUCUGGUGGCUUUCAAAUGGUCUCGUUAUUGCAUCUGGCCGACAUCACCGAGGAGGGUGUAACGUUUCAGUCUCCAGUUGAUGGGAAACCAAUGCUACUUACUCCAGAAGAGUCGAUACAAAUACAAAAUCGAAUAGGAGCUGAUAUUAUUAUGGCCCUCGAUGAUGUUGUUAAAACCACAAUCACAGGCCCACGGAUUGAAGAGGCUAUGUAUCGUACUCUUCGUUGGAUAGAUAGGUGCAUAGCAGCACACAAGAGACCUCACGAGCAGAAUUUAUUCGGAAUUGUACAAGGUGGCUUGGAUCCAGUAUUAAGGGAUAUAUGCGUCAAAGGUUUAGUGGACAGAAAUUUGCCUGGCUAUGCUAUUGGUGGUCUUGCUGGAGGUGAAGAUAAAGAUUCAUUUUGGCGCGUUGUUGCCCAGUGCACAGCUGCAUUACCUGAGGACAAACCACGAUAUGUUAUGGGUGUGGGCUAUCCACUAGAUAUUGUAGUUUGCAGUGCAUUAGGUGCUGACAUGUAUGAUUGUGUCUAUCCUACACGCACUGCUCGUUUUGGGACGGCUCUUAUACCCGAGGGAGUUUUAAAACUUAAACACCAGGCUAUGGCUAAUGAUACUCGCCCGAUCGAUCCUACAUGUAUGUAAAAAGUAUUCACGAGCAUACAUUCACUGCCUUGCCACUAAAGAGGCAAUGGGAUCCAUACUUAUAUCUUAUCACAAUUUAUAUUA